GAAAUACAGUCUUCAUAGCAUAAAAACCCUAACCCCGAAUUUUCCAGCGCACCUAAACAGUCCGGCUUCUCCACUCAAAACGAACCUUGAUUUCCAAGAAAAUCCCGGUGAACUAAUCUUCACUCAACCCUUACUAUGGCUUCUCAUUCUCCGAAUCUAGAGUGCCGCAUGUACGAGGCUAGAUACCCAGAAGUCGACAUGGCCGUCAUGAUCCAGGUCAAAAACAUCGCCGACAUGGGCGCCUACGUUUCGCUCCUCGAGUACAACAACAUCGAGGGUAUGAUACUCUUCUCCGAGCUCUCCCGCCGUAGGAUUCGUAGUGUUAGCAGCUUGAUCAAGGUCGGCCGCAUCGAGCCCGUCAUGGUUCUUAGGGUGGAUAAGGAAAAGGGUUACAUCGAUUUGAGUAAGAGGAGGGUUUCUGAGGAGGAUAUUCAGGCCUGUGAGGAAAGGUACAACAAGAGCAAGCUUGUUCACUCCAUCAUGCGCCACGUUGCUGAGACGAUGGGAAUCGAUUUGGAGGAUUUGUACAUUCAUGUUGGCUGGCCUUUAUACCGAAAAUAUGGUCAUGCUUUUGAGGCUUUCAAAAUAGUUGUGACUGAUCCCGAUACAGUUCUGAAUACCCUCACCCGUGAAGUCAAAGAAAGUGGCCCUGAUGGACAGGAGGUGACUAAGGUGGUUCCUGCAUUGUCGGAGGAAGUUAAAGAUGCCCUAGUUAAGAAUAUUAGGAGAAGAAUGACUCCACAACCUUUGAAGAUCCGUGCUGAUAUUGAAAUGAAAUGUUUCCAGUUUGAUGGUGUUCUUCACAUCAAGGAUGCAAUGCGGAAAGCUGAAGCUGCAGGCAACGAUGAUUGUCCUGUCAAAAUUAAGCUUGUUGCUCCUCCACUGUAUGUUUUGACUACUCAGACUCUUGACAAGGAACAAGGGAUAUUGGUUCUAAACAAUGCUAUCGUAGCUUGCUCAGAAGCAAUAGAACAACAGAAGGGGAAACUCGUUGUAAAGGAGGCAGCCAGAGCAGUGAGUGAACGUGAUGACAAAUUACUGGCUGAGCAUAUGGCUAAGUUACGUCAAGAUAAUGAGGAGGUUGGUGGUGACGACGACGAAAGCGAAGAAGAGGAAGACACAGGAAUGGGAGAGGUUGAUCUUGAGGCUCCUGGGAUUACCGAGUGAAAAAAGUUUAGCUUUGGCAGAGAUAUUGACACUUAUUUUUUGAACAAUUUUUUGUCGUUUUAUUUUGUUUUUGUUCUUUUUAGUCGUUUUCUUGACAGUUGUAUAAAGUCAAUGAUGAGAAAAUGGUAUCGUUGAGGUUAUCUGCGAAAUUAUACUAUAGCCCAGUCGUUCUUGAAAGUCGGUUGACGACAUUUUCAUUCAAGAUUUAA